AUGCUGGCGCGGGCUGGGCUCAGCGCGCCCUGCAGCGCCUCCUGCAGCAGCCGGGCAGCCCCAGCGCCCGCGGCAUCCCUCCCGCACGCCGGCCCCGCUCUCGGCCGCUGCCGCCGCCGCCGCCGCCGCUCCGUCCGUGCGCCCGGCCCCGCCUGGCACUCUGCGCCUCUCCGCCACUGGGAGCGCCCGAGCCCCGGCCGCGCUGCCGAAGGGGCGGGAGGACGGCUCGGAGGCGGCAGGCUGGGGCGCGCUUACCUGCGAGGAGCGGGAAGCCCCCGCCUCAGGCUUCCUUCCGAGGAGACCGCGGGCGGCCCUAAACAGGGCUUGCUCCGGAGCUGCGUGCGCCGCAUCGCGCGGCAGGCUCAAGCGCACUGGAACGCUGCAAUCCUCACGCCGGAUCCACCACGCUGCGCCCCCCCCCGCCCCUCCCCCCCCCCGAAACCCCGGAGCCUUCUUCCCAUGCAUAGCAGCCGGUUCUUAUUGGGCGGCAAGUCGACGGGCGCUUACUUAGGAGUAAGCCUGGCUGAAUUCAGCGGAACUUACUUCUGGGUCCGGCGCGCGCUUGCCACGCAUUUGCAAAAGUGCCCGAGGGCCGACUGCGGGGAGCUCAGCAGCCUCUCCAAAGCGCAGCAGCAGCAGCUUCCGUUCCAUCCGGCCGGGCCUGAGCCCGAGAAGGGGCCAGCGGGAGGGGUGUUUGCCGCCGCCGCCGCCGCCUGGAUUGGGAGCCGCCUUGGCCGGGAAGGCCUGGAUUUCCUUCCUGGAGCAGGACUUGUGGAAUGCUGGCCGCGCGCCCCGACGGGGCUGGGAAGAGGAGGCGGAGGCGCGGGCGGAGGCGGCGGCAGUCGUAGCGCGGGCGGGGGCACGCGAGAGGCCCGCUCGGCUGGCUGGGGCGCGGGUCCGGCGGCAGCACCAGCGCGCAGCGUCCCUGGCGCAGCGCAAGAGCAGCCGCCGCCGCCGCCGCCGCCGCGUCCCGUCGGAGAAGGCAGCCGGGAGGCCGCGCGGCCAGGCCCGCCGAGCUGGUGCCUCUUCUGCUGCCUGCUGGGCGGCGGGCUGGCGCCGGCCAGCGCCCGGAGCUGCCAGCCCUGCGGGGCCGACUGCGCCUGCCGGAGCGUGGCCGCCGCCGCCUGCGCCGUGGACUGCGCCUCCCGGGGGUUGCAGCGCCUGCCCGGCAGCUCGGCCUUCCCGGCCACCACCGUCGCGCUGGACCUUUCCAGCAACAAGAUCAGUGCUUUAAAUGUUGAGGCAUUUGCACAUCUGACUUCCCUGAGAAAAUUAGAUAUAAGCAACAACAAGAUUUCUGCAUUAGAAGAAGGAAUAUUUGAUAAUUUAUUUAAUUUAAGUGAAAUAAACUUAAGUUUGAAUCCACUUCUUUGUGACUGCAAUCUUGCCUGGCUGCCCCGCUGGGUGGAAGAAAGGAACGUGAAAGUUGUGCAUCCCCUGGUGACGAAAUGUGCCCAGCCGCCCGAGGUGGCGAACCUUCCUCUUUUCAAUGUGUCUUUCCUCGAUGUUACUUGCGGAGCUGAGUACAUUGCGUGCCUGACAGACAACGACACAGGAGAGGCUGAUUCCAUUGUCCGGUUCACGUCUCGCCUCCCUCAGAACCUGACGGCAGAGGCGUGCAGUUCUUUCUGUUUCGCUGCGGAGCAGGACUAUGGGGGAUUUAGCAGUAAGGCGGACUGUCUGUGUGGCGUUGCUCUCGAACCAAACUCUUCCACUGGCUGUUUGCCCUACUGUGCCGAGCCAUUUGCCAGGCCGGUGUGCGGUGGGCCUUCCAUUGUUUCGAAUGUCUUUCCAGCUCGGCUUCCCGUUUCCUUAGUGGUGCCCAGUUCGCCGUACAGCCUUUACCAGGAGGUGGCUUUGAACCUCCGUGUUCCGAUUGCUGUUGACACCGUUUAUUGGGACUUCGGGGACCGGUCAGGGUUUCUGAAUACCACCAAGACGUCCGUCCUUCACAUGUACACGUCACCUGGGUACUACAAUGUCACGGUCACCAUCUUUGUUGGCAGCCGGUUUGCCUCGACACAGGCUGAGAUCAAGGUGGUGGCACCGCCAGAGGACAUAGAGCUCCAGUGUCCUCCUUUGGUAAAGACCAACGAAAGUUUGCAGUUACUGAUAAAGAAUCAAGGUGGAACCAGCCUCUCAGUUGUGUAUAGCAUAAGAGCCCAGGACAAAGAGCCGGGGAAAGUGGUUCAUCCAUCAUGCCCCGUGGACAGUGUGGCUUUCCCUGGCAACAGCCACUGCUAUUGGCUGGUGGCAGAGAAAGCCGAAUGGCAGGAAGCCCAGCGGCAUUGCCAGGAAUAUGGCAAUGGAGUUCUGGCCUUUGUCAGCAGCCCUGAAAUCCAGAGUUUCUUGGUGUCCCGUGUCACCAGGAGCUUGGAUGUCUGGAUUGGGUUCAACGACGUCGCGAGCCCCAGCCCUUUGCAGCGGGAAGAAGGCUUUGAUCUGCAGAGCUGCCAGAACUGGCUCCCUGGGGAGCCCCACCCGUCCAACGCGGACCACUGCGUCCGAAUGGGCCCGGCCGGCCAGUGCAACACCGACCUGUGUACGGCCAAGCACAGCUACGUGUGCGAGCACAAGCCACGAGAGAUCCUUUUAAAUGCUGAGCACUUUUACCUGGGUGCUCCUGCAUUCGACAUGUACGUGGGCAUGAGGCAAGUUGAAGAAAGAGGAGAACUGUCAGCUCCAUCAGGAACUGUGGAGACAGUGGUAUUUCCCAGUCUGCAGUUUCAGCAGGAGGGCUUUUUGGUAGCCUUGGAGUUUGUGACUCAGAAGCUGCAGCAGACUGUUCAAGCCCGGUUUCAAGUGCACCGUCCGGCACAAGCAGAAGGGUGCAAGGAGAUCAUGAACAUCACAGAUCCAUCGUUUGCCUCUCAAGAGAAUGAGACUUGGACCCAAGUGGACUGUCUGGUCGGGCUCCAGUGGUGUCCUUCCACCAACACCUGCCUGCCUCUAGGGAGUUGUUGUGACUGGGGCACGUGUGCCAACGACUCGGUUGCCCCCACUGCCAGCGCUGUUCCUCGGCACUGUGAAAAUCAGUCCAGGAAGAAUGAGCUGCAAGAGGCGUUUUUCACAUUACCACCCGGCCCCUCCACACGCUACCUUUUUCUCUUCCGAAGCAAGGACAUCUUGGCCAGGCCCAAUGAUACCGUGGGCUUCCAGCACGACGCCGGACCUGGCGCUUUCCUUCUCUGCCACCCAAGCCAGAUGCCGUCUUACCAGAUGAGCUACUUCACUCUGAACUCUUCGGAUUGGGAGCUGGGCUCUGUGGCCCCUCACACAGCCAGAAGCUGGCGCAACGACUCUGUGUGCUUCUUCAGGGUUCUCUUCGCCGCUGAGGAGACGCUGCCCUUGAUCAGUCGAGAGAAUUCUGGGGUGCUUCACUCUGGCCACUAUGUUGUGAGGGCUGCUGUAGACAAUGGAGUCUUUAGGACGAAUUUAUCCUGCGAUUUCUGGGCGGUUUCUCCCAUUUCAGGUUUCCGUGUCAUUUACCCUCAAGAACAAGAAGGCAAAAUCUACGUGGAAAUCAGCCACACUUGGCUGUUGGUAAAAAUCUCUUCUGGGCUGAAUGCGACGGCUGGCUGGGUGGGUGGGAACCAGAGCUUCCCUUUUGGGAGGAGCUGCCCGCCGGCCGUUGCUCCGCUGGUGGCCGAUUGUGCCAGGGAAGCCAGCGACACCUGGUUCUCCGUCAUCCUGCUGGAGGAUAUUGGGGAGAACGCGAGCGCCGUCGUGCUCUGGGCUGAGAAUGCCGUGAGCUCGCAGAAUGUCACCGUCAUGGUAAAAGCGGAGGAAGCCAUCCGAGGGCUCCGUGUAUCCCCAGACCCGGAAACCAGAGUCUUGUUGGAUAGUAGCGUGAAGUACAUCCCGAAGAUCGAUGCUGGGUCGGAUGUUACCUUUAGGUGGACGGUGGAUGAUAAGCCCUCCUUUACUUUCUACAAUUCAGUCUUCAGUGUUUUCUUCCACAUAGAGACUGUGUACAAGCUGUCGCUCACUGCCAUCAACCACGUCAGCAACAUCACUGUAGACUACAACAUCACCGUGGAGAAGAUGAACAGGAUGAAGGACCUGGUGGUCUCUGAGAUCCAUCCACUUGUGCCUCAGAACAGCACUGUGGAACUGGCAGCCACCGUGACGGUGGAUUCAGCUGUGAAUGGCACCUUCUUGUGGGACUUUGGUGAUGGUGACUACGUCGUUUUCCCAUUUAAGCCUCCCUAUAACGACUCCUUCCUUGUGCCAGAUCCCACCGUCCAUCAGGUUGUGAUUGGACACAAUGUAUCACAUAACUACCAAGAGCCAGGUGAAUACACCCUGAGUGUUUUAGUCUCCAAUGCAUUUGAGAACCUGACCUACUCCAUUCCUGUCCACAUCUACACUUAUCUGAUGGAAGUGACCAUGGACGUAGACACAGAUGUUUUGGUUGUGGGUCACCCUGCCACUUUUGAAGCUCACCCUCUGCCGUCUAGCUAUGGGGUCUCUUACACCUGGGAUUUCGGGGAUGGCUCUGUGGCAUUUGUGGAAGGACAGCCUACCGUGGUCCACACCUUCAGCAACAAGGGGCUGUACAACGUUAGUCUGAGAGCCAACAACACCAUUAGCACCAUAGAGGUGGUCCAGUGCUACCGUGUCUUUGAAGAGAUUACUGGGUUACGAGUGAGGUUGAAUGAAACAGUGGAGCUCGGCCUGCCCAUAGAGAUCAGUGCUUCUGUAGAAACGGGAGAUAACAUCAGUUGGAUAUUUGAUAUGGGUGACGGGACCAUCGUGGAGAGAUCCGUGGCAUCCGUGGAGCACAUCUAUUUAAAAGAGAUGAACUGCACAGUAAAUGUGACGGCAAUGAACCCAGUAAACUCCGUAUCUCAGGCUCUGCCUGUGCAGAUAUUCGUGUUGAUGGUUCUUAAGAUUGAACCUUCUUCUUGCAUCCGGGAGCAGCCUGACGUACAGCUCACCGCCUACGUCUCUGGCAACCCUGAGGAUUACUUUUUCGACUGGACGUUUGGGGAUGGCUCGUCCAACGUCACCGUGCCUAGAGACCCGACAGUGAUGCACAACUUCACCCGCAGUGGCAUCUUCCCACUCUCUUUGGUCCUUUCCAGCAAGGUCAACAAAGCCCACUAUUACACUGUGGUCUGCGUGGAGGCAGAGAUCACCAACGUUACGCUCUUCGUAAGGCCGCAGGUGGUGAAACUCGGCAACGAGAGCAAGUUCCAAGUCACCGCCUUCCCGCCUUCCCAUUACCGUUACUAUUGGGACUUUGGGGCUAAUGACUCAACUAGGUUCGGUGGAACAGAAGUCAGCUAUACUUACAAAAACCCCGGCGUCUAUUUAGUCAUGGUGACGGUCUGCAACAAUGUAUCUUUCAACAACGACUCGGCGUUAGUGGAAGUCCUGGAGCCAGUUGGGGUGGCCAAAAUUGAGUCCAAUGGCUCCAAGGUUUUGGAGCUGAACCAAGUCUAUCUGUUCUCUGCCAAUGUCAGUGGGACCAAAGUUAACUACAUGUGGGACUUUGGGGAUGGCACGAGCCAGCUGGGAAAAUUCAUCACCCAUGCCUACAACAAGAGCGGCACCUACAGCAUCAGCUUGACAGGCUGGAAUGAGGUGAGCUUCAGUGAAGCGAGGCUUAACGUCACCGUGAAGAGGCGCCUGCAGGGCUUGUCCAUCAAUGCCAGCAGGACCAUGGUGCCUCUGAAUGGUUCCGUGAGCUUCACAGCCACCCUCCUUGCUGGCACUGCCAUCCGGUACUCUUGGAUCUUGUGUGACAGGUGCACACCCAUCACAAGCUCUUCCACCAUCUCCUACACCUUCCGUUCCACCGGGACGUUCAGUGUGAUUGUGACAGCAGAGAAUGAAAUCGGCUGUUUGCAAGACAGCAUCUUCAUCUAUGUCUUGGAGCAGAUUGAAGGGCUACAAAUCACAGGCGGAGACCUCCUAGAUGACACCUACUACCCCACCAACAAGACGCUCCAUCUACAAGCGGUGGUGAGGGAAGGGACGAACAUCUCCUACAGCUGGGCAGCCAUGAAGGAAAGCCACCCUGUGCAGACGUCUGCUGGGAAGACCUUCUCCUUGGCCGUUCUGGAAGCGGGUGUCUAUGCUAUCCACCUGAAAGCCACAAACAUGCUGGGAAGUGUGACUGUUAACAGGACGGUGGAGUUCAUUGAGCAGGUUGGGGUCUUGAAGCCCACUGCUUCUCCCAACCCUGCUGCGGUCAAUGCUUCUGUUAACAUAAGCACCAGCAUCACUGCUGGGACAGGACUGGUCUACACUUGGUACUUGGAAGGUGGCGCCUCUCUUCAAACGGUCUCCUCAGCCAUCACACACUGUUUCCAAAGCCCUGGUGCCAAAGCUAUCACUGUUGUGGCAGAAAACAAAUUCGGUGCCGCCAAUGCAACACUCAUGCUAUCUGUACAGGAGCCGGUGGUGGGCUUGAAGAUUAAGACCAUAAGGCCAAACUCUACUUACAUUGAGUCAGGCUCUGUAGUGAACUUCUCUGGGCAGCUUGAAAGGGGAUCCAAUGUUGCCUGGACAUGGAAGAUGUUGAAUGGAUCCAUAUCUGGGCAAAGAGUGGCUCUGGAGUUCCCCAGGGCCGGGGUCUUCUCUGUCUGUCUAAAUGCGUCCAACGAUGUCAGCUGGGAAGCGGCUUGCCAUAACAUGACAGUGCAAGAUGUGAUCCAAGGUCUGAAACUCAGUGUGAGCAAAGAGGUGCUGGAGCCUGGGGAAGAGGUCUCCUUCCUUAUUGGAAUGUCUUCCGGUUCCUCGGUGGGCUACCAGGUGAGCAUUGGCGAGAACCAUUCCGUGGCACUCAGUGGUCCCAGCUUCACGUACACAUUUGCUCAGGUUGGAGACUACUUGGUCAGGGUGACUGCAGAGAACCACGUCAGUGUGGAAAAUGCCGAGGUCCUCAUUGUGGUGCUGGAGGCCAUCCGUGGCUUACGGGUUGUGGACUGCUGUGAGCGAGGCAUGCCCACCAGAGUGGAGAGGCACUUCUCAGCUGAAAUCGAGCGUGGCUCACGAGUGAAGUAUUUGUGGCGGCUUGCCUUAACGGUAGACGAGGGACGUUCCCAGGUGGCUCUCUUGGAAGGCAAAAGCGUCUCCUACACCCCAGAGGCUGCAGGGCAGCUGGACAUCCACCUCUGUGCUUUCAAUCGCCUGGGCAGCCUGAACCUAACCCUCGUGAUUCAAGUCCAAGACCUCAUCGAGCAGCUUUCGCUCUUGCCUGCUGACCCCUUUGCCAACCGGACAACGUCAUUUGAGGCGUCUGUGCUGCCCAGCGCGAGGCAAGUUGUCUUUUGGUGGCACUUUGGGGAUGGUUCUCCGGCCCAAAGGACGACCGUCCCCUCUGCCAGCCACACCUACCUGAGGCCUGGGGAUUUCCUGGUGGAGGUGAAUGCCACCAACCUCAUCAGCUUCUCCAUUGCCCAGCGCACCGUCACGGUCCGAGUGCUGGAAUGCGAGGAGCCAGAAGCAGAGCUGGCCUUGCCUGCUCAGGUGGUCGUGAAGCGGUCGCAGAAGAACUACUUGGAGGCGCAAAUUGACUUGCGGGGCUGCACCAGGUACAAGACGAAGUACCUGUGGGAGAUUUACAGGGCCCCGAGCUGCCUGCAACUGGGUGCCUUGGACACGGUCCGCCUGGCCAACGUGGACGUGAGCCGACCACAGCUGGUCAUCCCCAAGCUUGCGCUGGACCUCGGCAACUACUGCUUCAAGUUCUUGGUCUCUUUUCGAGACACGCCACUCUCCAAGAGCAUUUUUGCCAACGUGACCGUCUUGCCUAAUAAACUGGUGCCCAUUAUCGAUGGAGGAUCGUACCGCGUGUGGUCCAGCACCCGCGACCUGAUCUUGGACGGCGAGAAAUCCUACGACCCCAACUUUGAAGACGGGGAACAGACGCCAUUACGCUAUCGGUGGUCCUGUGUGUCUUCCUCCAAGAGUUCAUCUGCCGAGUGCGCUCUGAACUUCAGUGCCACGGGGGGAGUCGUCACCGUUUCCCGAGCCAUAUUAGAAGCAGAUGUGGAGUACACAUUCGACCUUGAAGUCAGGAAAGCAGGGAUGAGUCCCGAAUCUACUAAUCAAACGGUGUUAGUGAAGAAGGGCACGGUCCCCAUCGUAUCCCUGGAGUGUGUCUCCUGCAAGGUCCAGUCUGUCUACGAAGUGAGUCGGAGCUCCUACGUGUACCUGGAGGGGACGUGCUUGAACUGCCAGAACAAUUCCAAACUGGGGAGAUGGGCAGCGCAGAGCUUCAAAAACAAGACCCUGGCCUUGGACAAAACAACCACCUCUACGGGCAACGUGGGGAUGAACCUGGUGCUGAGGCCGUGGGCUCUGAAGGACGGCGAGGGCUAUACCUUCACCCUGCACAUCACGGACCAAGCCACUGGAGAAGAAGGCUAUGCCUCCAUCGACCUCUUCCCGAACCAGCCGCCUUCUGGCGGUUCCUGCCGCUUGACUCCCGGGGGGCCUGUCCAAGCACUGACGACGAAGAUCCAUUUUGAGUGCACAGACUGGAGAGACACGGAGAGUGCCAGCACCCCGUUGGUGUACAUCCUCCUAGCUACUCGUUGCCGAACUGGCCACUGUGAAGACUUCUGGGUGUACAAAGGAAGCCAUUCUGAGCACGCUGCCUUCCUGCCGCCGGGCUUCCAGGAGAGAGGCUCCCUGGUCUCCGUCUCCGUGCUUGUGCAGGACCAUUUGGGAGCAACCGUUGUGGGCCUCAACAGCUCCAUGGCCAUCACUCUGCCCAGCCCACCAGAUGGGUUCCACAGCCUCCCACAAUGGCUUUACAAUCAGACCAAGGUGAUGCUGCAGGGCCUGGUCAAACAGGGAGACCCGCAACAGGUCAUCGAGUACUCCUUGGCUCUCAUCACCAUCUUAAACGAGUACGAGUGCGCCACGCAUUCGAAACCGGAAGCCCAGAACGAAGAGCACCUCAGGGCCUGGACGCGGAGGUGCAUCACCGAGACGCUGAUUUCCCUGAAUGUGAACACGGUGGAUGACAUCCAGCAAAUCUCAGCCGCCCUGGCUCAGUGUACGGUGGCCAGUAAGGAGUUCCUGUGCCGAGACUGCCUGACGAAAACCUUGGGGAAGCUGGAAAGCAUGAUGGGCAUUCUUCAGGGGGAGACCCUGCAAGGCACCAUGACGCCCACCGCCAUUGCGGACAACAUUCUCAACAUCAUGGGGGACUUGAUUCACCUGGUCAACACCGUUUCCCAGGUGUCUGAGCCGCAGAAACCGCACAGUGGCCAGAACCGCAACCAAGUGGCUUCCCAGGCAUACGCUCUGUCCACUAGCCUGAUGCGCAUCCUCAUGAAGUCUCGGGUCCUUAACGAAGAGCCGCUGGAACUGGCAGGCAGCAACAUCACGGCCAAGGGCAAGCGGGCCGACCCGCUCGGCCUGCUCUGCUACGAGGACCACCCCGACUGCCAGUUCUCCAUCCCUCCAGCUUUCAACACCACCUUCUCUGACCUGACGGACGUCAUCCAAGUCAUGAUCCGGGUGGACUACAACCCUUUCCCGUUUGGCUACAUCACCAACUACAGCGUCUCCUCCGAGGUGGCUUCUAUGGAGUUCCAGAACAGCAACGGGACGGAAAUACCCGUUGGGAGCCUGGAUUCGGAGAAGGCCAUUACGGUGAUGGUGAUGGACCCUGGAGCAAAGAACAUCACGGUGGGAAUGGUGGAGAUUGACGAAAGAAGUUCAGUGGAUGUGGUGGUGACGACAGGGAACAGCAACGCAGAAGCAGGGUUGUAUUUCCAGGUCACCUUCCGCGUCAUCGACGACCGUUACGCCUCCAGCGAGCAGGAGCCGUUCAUAGCUGUCUGCCUCCUCCACUCACCUGAGCCCCAGGAGCACAACUGCACAGACUUCAAAAGGAUCCACCUGGAGGACAUGCAUCGGAGGCCAGAGGGUGACCACCGGCGCUACACCUUCUUUGUCUCCCCAGUCACCGACGAAGCUGUGAGGGACUAUUCCUUGAACAUCACCAACCACUUCUUCUGGUCUCCCGUGGAAGUGACCGUGGGCCUGUACAGCUCCCUGUGCCAGUAUUUCAGUCAGCAAGAGGAGCGCUGGAAGACGGAAGGCAUGGCUCCCUUGGAGGGGACCACCCCCGUGAAAGCGGUGUGCUUGACCCAGCACCUGACGGCCUUCGGUGCGAGCCUCUUUGUGCCCCCGCACUCCGUGCUCUUCAUACGGCCGCCUCCCGGCCCCGGGCUCAACUACAUUGUGCUGCUGACGUGUGCCGUCUGUUUUGUGACCUACACGGUGGUGGCUGUGAUCGUGCACAAGCUGGACCUCAUCGACAUCAACCGCGUGGGGGUGAUUCCCUUCUGUGGGAAGAAUGGGCCGUACAAGUACGAGAUCUUGGUGAAAACGGGCUGGGGCAAGGGGUCAGGGACUACGGCCCAUGUGGGAAUCACUCUGUAUGGGGUGGACAGCAAAUCUGGCCACCGGCACCUGGACGGGGAGAACGCCUUCCACCGCAACAGCCUCGACAUCUUCCAGGUUGCCACAGAACGGAGCCUGGGCAGCGUGUGGAAAAUCCGCAUCUGGCACGACAAUAAAGGGCUAAACCCAUCAUGGUACUUGCAGCAUGUCAUUGUCAGAGACUUGCAGACCUGUAAGAACUACCACUUCUUGGUGAACGACUGGCUGUCUGUGGAAAGUGAGGAGAACGAUGGCCUGGUGGAGAAGGAGGUCUUGGCUGCUGCUGAGACCGAUCUGAGAAGCUUCCUGCGUAUCUUCAUCGGCGAGCUACAACGGGGUUUCUUCGAGAAGCACGUGUGGCUCUCCCUGUGGGACCGGCCCCCUCGCAGCCGCUUCACCCGGGUCCAGAGAGCCUCCUGUUGCUGCCUCCUCAUCUUCCUCUUCCUCUGUGCCAACGCCGUGUGGUACGGCGUCGUGGGAGACAUCAAUUUCAGCCACGUGGCCAUUUCCACCUUGAUCCCAGUCAGUGGCGAGACUGUCGUGGUCGGCUUGGUGUCCAGCGUGGUUGUCUAUCCCCUGUACCUGGGUCUUCUUUUCCUCUUUCGGAUGGCACGAAGCAAGGUGUCUGUCAGCCAGUCUCUGGCCCAUUUGGACCAGCAGUCUUUAGAGAUCGACAACUACGUGGACUCGUCUCUCCGCGAGAGCUCCUUCCUCACCUUCCCUGGGCUGCGGACGGAGGCCUUUUCGGAGCAAACCAAAACAGAAUUGCUCCAGGAUGACUCGAAAAGCCUGAUCCGGUGGCACUCCAGCGAGGCCCUCCUCAACUGGCCGGACCUGCUGAGCAACCCCUCCAUCAUGGACAACACGAUUCAGAAGCUGAAGAGGGGGAGGACCAGCCGCCAUCUUGGCCUCGAGGCUCCGUUGGCCGCUGAGGAGGACAGCGUGUCCCUCGGCUUUCCCCAAGCGCAGAACCGAUGCUUCUCGGCAUCAGACGAAGACCUGAUCCGGCAAAUCCUCGCUGACGGAGCGGGCGGCCUCUCUCAUCCUCCGGACACGGGGCAGUUCCCCAGGGUGGAAACAGACCUCAUCUCAGGGCUAUCCAGCAUGUUUGGGGAGAAGACGGAGGCGAUCAUGUUGCAGAGGCUGAACGAGAAAGGGCAGAACGCGGCGGUGGCGGCAGCAGCGGCAGCAGCGGCAGCAGCAGCGGCAGCCCCGGGCAAGGACCUGAACCGCUCGGCCAAAUCGAUGCGGACAGCCCUGGACAGCGCCCUCCGGAAGCGGCUGCUGCCCUUCUGGUGCUCUUACCUGGCUCACGGCCUCAGCUUCGCCCUCCUGCUCCUCUGCUUCGGGGUCUCUGUGUGGAUCGGGGUGGGCUUCACCUCCAGCACGGCCCUCAUGUGGCUCAUCUCAGGGAUCUUCAGCUUCCUCUCCUCCUUUUUGCUCUGGGAACCCCUCAAGGUCCUGCUGGAGGCCCUUUAUUUCUCGCUGGUGGCCAAGCGCUUGCACCCCGAGGAGGGCGACACGCUGGUGGAGCAGCCCUUGGUCGAGCACGUGUCGGAGAAGAUCAGCAAGGUCCGGCCGCCUCAGGGAUUUGCUCUUUUCCAGGCCAAGGAGGAGGCCAGGAAAGUGAAGCUGCUGCACAGCCUGCUCAAGAACUUCCUCCUCUACAUGCUGUUCCUCCUGGUGACCCUCCUCACCAACUACGGCGACGCUUCGCAGAACAGCCGCGCUUUCCUUUUGCAGAGCUCCGUCAAGCAGCAGCUGGGCAGUGACCAGUUCCUGCGCAUUAAGAGGUCGGAUGACUUCUGGGUGUGGAUGUCUCAAGCGCUGCUGCCGUAUCUGUACAAUAACCAGUCCGGCCGGGGGAGGUACAGCACCACGCUGGGGGCGGCACGGCUGCGGCAAAUCCGCCUGAAAGAAGCAGAGUGCCUGGAUCCUGUUCAGCGCGUCUUUAGUGGGACCAACCCCUCCGCAACCGGAGAGAAAUGCGUGUCUGAUUCCGACGGCUUUGACACGGCCAGUUACGAAGUCGGGUGGAAGUGCCUCCUCAACAGCCACGCGCAACGCUGGGCCUACUCGCCACCGGAUCUUGCCGGAGUCUGGUACUGGGGGUACCUUUCCUUCUAUGACAGCGGUGGUUACAUCCAGGAACUGGGAACGACUCUGGAAGAAAGCAAAGCCCGUCUGGACGUCCUCCAGCAGAACAACUGGAUCAGCAACAGGAGUCGCGCGGUCUUCGUCGAACUGACCCAGUACAACCCUGGCCUGGGCCUCCACGCCGUCAUCACCCUGAGGCUGGAGUUCCCCGUGGCGAAGCACGCGCUGCCGGCCGUGGCCGUGGCGUCUCUGCCGCUGGUUCCGCUCAGCCGGGGAGUCACGCUGCAGCUCCUCAUGAUGGUCUUCCUCAUGGUUGUGGUGGUCUACUUUGUGGUCUCGGAGUCGCUGUCCAUCAAGAAGGCAGGCAGGGCCUACUUUGCCUGUGGCAGCAGCUACGGCCAGUGGCUGCUCAUCCUUACCAGCACCUGCACAGUCGUGGUACACCUCAGCCAGGCCACCCUGGCCAGCCGGCAGUGGUCCAAGUACCUGAAGGACAGGCAAGGGUUCACCAGCUUCUACCAGGUGGCAUCUCUCCAUGCAGCCUUCAGCUGCCUGGCUGCCUCCCUCCUCUUCCUGCUGACAGUCAAGGCUUCCCAACAGCUGCGCUUCAUCCGGCAGUGGUCCGUGUUUGGCAAAACUCUGCGGAGGUCCCGGAAGGAGCUCUUGGCCGCGGGGCUGGCCUUUGCGAUCCUCACGUUGGCUUACGCGCAGCUGGGCUUCCUGCUCUUCUCCUCCCGCUCGGAAGCCUUCUGCAGCCUCUUCGGCGCGCUCCAGCUGCUCUUCACGGCCCUCCGCGGCGGCCUGAGGCUGCAGCUCUGCCUCCCGGAGCCCGUGGGGCUGCCCCACCUCUUCUGCGUCAGCUACGUCCUGCUGGAGCUGUGGGUAGUCCUGCGGCUGUUUGCUGCCGUGCUCCUCCACCACUUCCAGGAGACGCGCUUCGAGAUGCACCGGCCGGCCUUCGAAUCCCAGGAUUAUGAAAUGGUCGAACUCUUCAUGCGCAGGCUCAAGAUGUGGAUGGGGUUCAGUAAAGCCAAGGAGUUCCGCCACAAGGUGCGCUUUGAAGGGAUGGAGCCGCUCCCCUCCCGCGCCUCCAGCCAGGACUCCCGGUCGCUGCAGGGCCCCACCCCCAGCGCCACCUCUGACAGUUCCCGUGCCUCCACCGCCUGCAGCCAGCUGGAGGGGCUCAGUCUCGCCUCCAGCACGUGGGACGGCUCCGAGAUCGACGCCGAAGUCCAGCGCCUCCUCUCCCUCUUUGAGACACUGCUCGCCCAGUUUGACCGGGUGAAUGAGGCCACGGAGGAGGUGUACCACCUUGAGUGCCAGCUGGAGGGCACACGUUGCUGGCAAGCUCGGAAGAGGGGCGGGCAGAGGGCGGCCGAGCCGGCAAGGUUUCCUCCCCCAACCCACGCAGGCCGGGCCACUGGUAGCCGCAGCCCGUUUCUGCCCUCCCAGCCCGUGAGAAGCACUGCGCCCCUCAGGAUUGUCCGAACCAGCCCGGGCGUCAGCCAGGGCGCUCUGCUCGUUCCACAUAAGGCACCCGCCUUGCUCGGGCCGGCAGCCAGAAGAAAGAAGCCGUUACGGGCCAACAAUCGGGUCCACCCCAGUGGCAAAUAACAGCCGCAUUCCCAGGGGAUGCGAUCCUUUUAAGCAAGGCUUUUGCUGCCUCAAACUCUGGUGCCAAAAUCUCCCAUCUGUGGGGUUGGUACAGCGUCUUCGUCAGCUUGGUGCCAAUGGACGUACAGGCUGGGCGGCAGCGCUUGCUUAGAGCCACGAAGGGGGAGAUGGGGAGGCUGGCCAGGGCUUUCCCCAACCCCUCCUGGUUGCCUGCCUGGCAGCAGAGCAAUCAUUUCGCAGUAUUAUGGCUUCCCCAGAGAACAAGGAGGCCCCUGCUGUUGCUCGGGGGGGGGGGGGGCGAGGAGAGAGGCAGGAAAGGCGCGAGAGCAGCCGCACGGCUUCCGCGUGGGCAUCGUGGCGGGCAAAGGCAGCGAAGCAGGUUUCUCUUCGGUAGAAGCUGACUAAUAAGGUCCAUGAACCUGAGAUCCCAGGCUGAGCCUGGACAGGUAGAGGAGAUCAGAUGUCUCCCCGGGAAGGGUCAGAUUUAUCUCGCACGAACGCUUGCAGAUUUCACAAAGAAACGGCACUGUGGAGGAAGGACUACGCAGAAUCGAGAUGGCAGAUUGCCCCUCGGUGGAGGGGCAUAUCCUGAGGCAAGGUGCUCCUCGCACCAGCUUUCUCUUCCAGGGUGUCACUUAGGUAUUUAAAAGAAGAAAGAAAUGCAAAAAUGCUGUCAGCCCAAGACCCUUUAAUAGGCUGAUGAAGCUCCUCCUCGUGUGUCAGUCUUGAAGGUGGCAGCCACCACUUGGAUGGGGCCAAGAACCGUUUGACAAGGUUCCAACAUUUAUUUUGGAAAGUGUAGGGCGAGGGGGGUUGCUAUUUGGGUCCCUAUGAGCUGGUUUCAUUGGGCUCCCCUAUUCCAGCAGGUUAUUUCCCCCCAUUGGAGCAACUGAGUGGGGUUUAUGCGUGUUGAGUUGGUUAUUUUAUAGUUCAAGGAAUAUGACUGAGUAUAUUUUCUAUUUGGUGCGUGUGCAUGUGUGCGUGUGCGUAUCUGUGUUUAUGUAUUUUUAUAUAUAUAUGGUUUACUAUUUGUAUUUUACUGCCCAGCACUUUAAUCAAUGCUUGCCUUAGCUAACAGUGACACGCGCAAUUUUUUAAAAAUAAGAGCAGGAUAAUAUAUCAUGGAAGCAGUAUUGUUUGUAAAUCAUAACUUGAAACCGGCCCUUGGAAUAUGACCACAGAUGUGCCGCUUAGCACCAUCUUGUAGCUAAGCUACCCACAAGACGUCAAGUGCCACGGAGCAGUUUACAGUUCUGGAGAGUUGCCCAGCAUCGAAGGGCAGGAGACCGGGACGUUUGAGCUCAUGCGUUUUUCACAAGAGCACCCUCCAGCUUAAGACGCAACGACCCUCUCAAAUGAGAAGUGGCUCAGAAGCAGAGUAGUCAGAUUAACUGAAUUUGGCUCCAAAUCGUGUCCUCUCAUUCUGUAGCCUCAGAGUCAGAAGCCAGUCUUACGUUCAUAGCCAACAUUCCUCCAAAAUCCCACUUUAGCCCCUGAAUCUGGCUCCCUUUCCAUCCAGUCGGAAACUUGUGCCGUUCACAUCAGUUUGUGCUACAAACAGAAAGUAGGGUCUUGAAUGUUACUGUUGUGGCCCUACCUUAAAGCAGCAGGUGAUUCAACCAUGGAACUGACUGUUACUGGAUGCAAUAGUAGGUGUGCUGGUAUUAUUUUGGUCUCGCUUGUUACACAAGAAAAGGAGCUUUGAGGCAGGAGGGCGCCUGGAAUGGCCUGGGAACAGGACGUGGAUCAGUGCUCAUUUCCACAUCAACCCCGUCCCCGCACCCGCCUUGUCUGAAUGAAUGAAUGCAUCCUUCCCCUGGAAGCUGCAGCUGGUCUGUACUUUCUCUGGGACGUCAAUUACCCUCUUUAAGCCAUUACCCCCUUCCAUCCGCCAUGGCAUUCCUCUUGUCUUCAUAUUCCACAGGCCAGUUGCAUGUUAUAUAAGUAAUUUAUAUGGGAUUUUUACAAGAAGAAAAAUGUAUAUUUUUGUAUGUUUGCUAUAUUUUUAUAGCAUUGGUACUGUGCUCAACCUAUGUAGAUAGGAGUUAUUUAAAAAAAAGUGUUAAAAGCCUUCUUGCUAAAAUGUUUUGUGGUGUGUGGGCAAAGUGCCACGUGUAUGGGAUUUGUGCCAAAGGAAGUUUGGGAGAUAUUUUCGUUCCCCAAAUCCAGGGCAGGGGGCAGGAACUCCCCUGCAGUGCACUAGCCAUAAUUUCUCCCAAGACGUUGCCAGGUCUAAGAGGUACUUGGGAUACCGAGGCCCAGUUUCUGGAUUUUCACAAGUGCUAUUUCAGAAUGUUGACCGCCUACUCCAUCGUUAUUGGUAGUUGCAAAUAUAGAGGGCUUUUUUUUUCCUGGAAGAGGUUUCUUUUUUAAUUGCUAAGUUUUUGGCUGUAACCAUCACCUUAAAAUUGGGAAAAUAUGGUUACAUGCGUCUUCUUAUAAUAUUUCAUUAUUUAUAAGGGUGCUAUUUUGAACAAAAACUCUUUUUAAAUAAUAUUCCCAGCUGCUUUAUCAUCAGGUACAAAGAAAAGGGGAAAAUGCACUUGCUUCAUUCUGUGAUGGAAGCAGGAAAGAUUUCUAGGUGACAGGGAGAGAGUAUGAGUGGGUUGAAAAAGGAACGUUUUUGCAGGAUACACAUUUGCCAGGAUACACAUUUGUGGUCGGGCCACACAAAGUCCCUGGCAUGCUGAAGGCCAUCAACAAGCAGAAAAGAGGGGAGUUGCUUCCCAGCCAGUCACCAGCUGAGGGCGAACUGCAAGCGCGAGUCACGCGCUGGACUCCUCUCCUUCCCGUCUUGCUGGUUGGAAGUGCAGCACAUUAAAGGGCAAGAAAAAUGGUGCAAAUGUGGGCAAGAGCAGGCCUCAGCUGCCACAAGCGGAGAAAGAGGAAUUGUAUGUUGGGUUUAAAGAGUACAACCUAAACUGUGUGCGUGGCAAGUGACUGAGAUGAGCAAAAGAUGGGUCUAUGGCUUGAAUCAGAUGAAGGAUUUUUGCACUUGUUAAGUCAGCUAAAUUAAAAGUUCUCAUUGUUUGUUUGUUUUUAUGUUGGUAUUUACAAGGGAUACCUUAAGUCAAGUCAGGGAAGCAGCGGCCUUAGCAAACUAGCUGUGCUUUUAUGCUAAGGAGGGGUCGUGUUAUUCUUCUUGGGAGGAGGAGAAACGUUCUGGAGUAUGAAUGACAUGAGGGUAGUAAGGAAGGGCCUGGUUUGGAGGAACUUGGUACACUCACUGGCGCGGAUUGUCCCUGGUGUUCUGUGCAGCUUAGGUGUGCUUAAGUGGGGAGCAGGUCCACCGCCCGCCCUCAGCAGUGAACCCCAAACCGUGCCCUCUUUGCUCUGUAAACUCUUGAAUGUAUAUUUUGGCCUUCACUCACAGCCAGAUGGUUUCUUAUUUAUUAUUGCCUGAAACCCCACACACCAUGACUUGCUUCUUAGCACAGGACUCUGUCAGCUAAACGAAUGAAAGCCCCCCAAAAACACUUUUUUGGGGGGUGGGUAGCUUUAUAAAGGCUUCCUGUAGCAAUGGCAGAAGAAGCAGCGAUGUGCUUUGCUGAUGUUAACAUUUGCAAACAAAAUAUUUUCUUUUGUAAUGGUGAAAAACAUGACAAAGUCGAAUUAAAAGAGAUUAUGG